UGUGUGUGCUCGGGGCGGGGGCGUCCGGGCCGGGGGUUGUGCGGUGCGCGCUGUCCAGCGGCGGCGGAGCAGCCUGCGCCCCUCUUUGGCCCCACGGGACAGUCCAUCCAGCACACGCCCCCCGCCUGUCUGACCGCCUGCUCCGGACACCACCGACCGGAAGGUGCCCCGGCCCCCUCCCCGGGCUUGGCCGGCGAGGAAACCUCGGCCCGCCGGCCCCCCGCCCCGGGUCGGGGGGGGCGGCUAUGCUCCGGGGCUCCGGGGAGAGCCAACCGUCCCCCCGUCUGAGGAAGCGCGCGGCGCCCGGCCCCGCCGCCAUGUACACGUUCCUGCCGGAGAGCUUCUCCCCGGCCAAGGCCAAGACCCCUAAGGAGCUGAAGCCCCUGCUGACGUCGGUGCUGCUGGGCCUGCUUCUGCUCAUCGCCGCCGUGGCGGCCUGGUGCUACUACACGGCCUCGCUGCGCAAGGCCGAGCGGCUCAAGGCGGAGCUGCUGGACCUGCGGGCCGACGGCUUCUCCAUCCGCAACCAGCGGGGCGAGGCGGUGUUCCGGCUGGCCUUCGAGUCGGGCAGCCUGGACCUGGAGUCCUGCGCCCGGGAGGGCGAGGUGCUGAGCUGCGGCCGCUCGAGCCGGGGCCGGCUCAACUUCUUCAUCCAGACGGUGCGGCCCAAGGACACGGUCAUGUGCUACCGGGUGCGCUGGGAGGAGUUCUCCGAGGCGGCGGCCGUGGUGCACACCAUGUACCAAGGGGACGCCCACUGGUACGGCGGAGCGGAGAUGAGCACCCAGCACUGGCCCAUCCGGCUGUCGGGCCAGCAGGACCCGCGGCCCUUCCUGACCAGCGACGUCUACUCCUCCCGGGGCAGCUUCGGGGGCAUCCUGGAGCGCUACUGGCUGUCGUCCAAGGCGGCCGCCAUCAAGAUCAACGACUCGGUGCCCUUCCACCUGGGCUGGAACGCCUCGGACGGCUCCCUGGUCUUCCAGGCCCGCUACGGCGAUUCCCCCUACGGGCCGCCGGCGGGCCGGGCCCCCUUCCCCGAGCUGAGCUACCGGGUGUGCGUGGGCUCGGACGUGACCUCCAUCCACAAGUACAUGGUGCGGCGCUACUUCGACAAGCCGUCCAAGGUCCCCGCCGAGGCGGCCUUCCGCUACCCGAUCUGGUCCACCUGGGCCCUGUUCGGGAGAGACGUCGACCAGGCCAAGAUCCUGCGCUUCGCCGAGGAGAUCGGCCAGCACCGCUUCAACUGCAGCCACAUCGAGAUCGACGACCUCUACACCCCCCGCUACGGCGACUUCUCCUUCGACCCCGCCAAGUUCCCCGACGCCGGCGAGAUGUUCCGCCGGCUGGGCCGGGGCGGCUUCCGGGUCACCCUGUGGGUCCACCCCUUCGUCAACUACGACUCCCCCAACUUCGGCGAGGGCAUCGAGCGCGGGCUCUUCGUCCGGGAGCCCACCGGCCGCCUGCCCGCCAUGGUGCGGUGGUGGAACGGCAUCGGCGCCAUCCUGGACUUCACCAACCCGGCCGCCCGGGACUGGUUCCAGGGCCACCUGCGCCGGCUGCGGGACGAGUACGGCGUGGCGUCCUUCAAGUUCGACGGGGGCGAGGUCAGCUACCUGCCGCGGGCGUUCAGCACCUCCCGCCCGCUGGCGGACCCCAACCUCUGGAGCCGGCGCUACACGGAGAUGGCCGUCCCCUUCUACGAGCUGGCGGAGGUGCGGGUGGGCUACCACUCGCAGAACAUCUCCUGCUUCUUCCGCCUCAUCGACCGCGACUCGGUCUGGGGCCACGAGCUGGGCCUCAAGUCCCUGAUCCCGGCCGUGCUGACCGUCAGCAUGCUGGGCUACCCCUUCAUCCUGCCCGACAUGAUCGGCGGCAACUUCGUGCCGGGGCUGGCCGCCGGCCCCACCCGCCCCGGCCCCGGCCCCGCCGGGACCGCCUCCGACCCCGCCCUCCCCGACCGGGAGCUGUACGUCCGCUGGCUGGAGGUGGCCGCCUUCAUGCCGGCCAUGCAGUUCUCCAUCCCGCCCUGGCUGUACGACCGCGAGGUGGUGGAGAUCGCCCGCAAGUUCACGGCCCUGAGGGCCUCGCUGGUGGCCCCGCUGCUGCUGGAGCUGGCCGGGGAGGUGACGGACACCGGGGACCCCAUCGUCCGGCCCAUCUGGUGGAUCUCGCCCAGCGACGAGACGGCCCACAGGGUCGACUCGCAGUUCCUCAUCGGCGACACGCUCAUGGUGGCCCCCGUGCUGGAGCCCGGCAAGCAGGAGCGGGACGUCUACCUGCCCGCCGGAAAGUGGCGCAGCUACAAGGGGGAGCUGAUCGACAAGGCGCCCAUCCUGCUGACCGACUACCCCGUGGACCUGGACGAGGUGGCCUACUUCACCUGGGUGUCCUAGCCCGGCCCGCUCCGAGGGCCGCCCCCGCCGGGGGUCCGGGGCCCGGAACCGGCCCGAUC